ACGUCACAAGCCAGCGCGGAAGCAAACAGAAGUCACGUGACUUGUCCGUCCACGUGACAGUCUGGACGUCAUCAUGGCUGCAGCGCCACAACCGGUCUACUGGCUGGGUAAUGAGACCCUCAGAGUGUCCGCCGCCCUUUUCGCAGAGAACCGCCGGCGUCUGUGCAAAGGGCUGAAAAGCAAAGACGGAGUGGAGGCCCGCUCGGUUGUGGUGCUGCAAGGCGGGGAGCAGCAGCAGAGGCACUGCACCGACACGGACCUCCUCUUCAGGCAGGAGUCCUUCUUCCACUGGGCCUUUGGGGUCACAGAGUCCGACUGCUACGGAGCCAUUGAAGUGGACUCUGGGAAAGCUAUCUUAUUUGUCCCCAAACUGCCCCAAAGCUAUGCCACUUGGAUGGGAGAGAUCUUUCCCAAGGAGCACUUCAGGGUGAAGUACGGCGUGGAUGAGGUGCACUACUCCACCGAAAUUGCCGAAGUCCUCGCCGGCCUGAAAGCCGCCGUCCUCCUCACGCUGCGAGGACAGAACACGGACAGCGGGAGCGUCAGCCGAGAAGCCUCCUUUGAAGGAAUUAGCCGAUUCCAAGUGAACAACACUCUCCUGCAUCCAGUCAUUGUGGAAUGCCGCCUGAUUAAGACCGACAUGGAGCUGGAGGUCCUCCGAUACACCAACAAGGUGUCCAGCGAAGCCCACAAGAUGGUCAUGAAGCACGUGAAACCUGGACAGAAGGAGUAUGAAAUGGAGAGCUUGUUCCAGCAUUACUGCUUCACCAAAGGAGGCAUGCGCCACACCUCGUACACGUGCAUCUGUGGAACGGGCCAUAAUUCCUCUGUUCUGCAUUACGGUCAUGCUGGAGCACCAAAUGACAAAACCAUCAUGGAUGGUGACAUGUGUCUGUUCGACAUGGGCGGGGAGUACUACUGCUACUCGUCAGACAUCACCUGCUCCUUCCCCGCCAACGGCAAGUUCACCGCCGACCAGAGGGCCAUCUAUGAAGCGGUCUUCAAGGCCUCCAGGACUGUCAUGGCUGCCAUCAAGCCAGGUGUCAAGUGGACCGACAUGCACCGCCUGGCUGACCGAGUCCACCUGGAGGAGCUGGUGAAGAUAGGCCUCCUGACGGGCAGCGUGGACGACAUGAUGAAGGCCCACAUGGGCUCCGUCUUCAUGCCCCACGGUCUGGGACACCUGCUGGGCAUCGACGUGCACGACGUUGGAGGCUAUCCCGAGGGGGUGGAGCGGAUCAACGAGCCGGGGCUGAAAAGUCUGCGGAUGGGGCGCCUGGUUCAGGAGCGCAUGGUUCUGACUGUGGAACCCGGUAUUUACUUCAUCAACCACCUGCUGGAUCAGGCCCUGGCUGACCCGGCACAGAGCUGCUUCAUCGACAACCAAGUUCUGGCUCGCUUCCGAGGCUUCGGCGGGGUUCGCAUUGAGGACGACAUCGCCGUCACCGCCAACGGCAUCGAGCUGCUCACCUGCGUCCCGAGGACGGUGGACGAGAUCGAGGCCUUCAUGAGCGAGUCGGACAAACAUUUCAGUCCCGUCGUGAGCAGUGAAAGAUUCUGAGCGGCGUCUAUAAUGAUCAACACUUACAUAUCAAACAAUGCAGAAUGCACACAUUUUCUUUUUACAUACAGCUUUAUGGAAUAGUAUGGCACGCUUAAUUAUAAUAACUCAAAAUCAUCAGAUACAUUAUGAAAUCCUCAUUACCUGGAGAAAUUAUUUUAAGCAAUUACUUUAGCUUAUGUUUGUAAAGAGCAGGGAAAUUAAUAAAUGAAGGAUUUUGCAAAUA